GACAUACGAGCAUUAAUCAGUGCCCGGUUGUGUUCUGUUGUGGUUUUUGUUACAAAUGCAAUAACUGUGUGAAUUAAAACUAAGUUUAUUUAGAUUGCGAUGGUAAAAUACUGCAGCUGUAAAAAAUGGCCAAGGAGGAAGAGUACGAUAAACUACCUGACAAAGAUGCUGCCAAAGAAUUUUAUGCCAAGUAUGAACCGAAAGAGAUUUUGGGAAGGGGGAUAUCCUCCACAGUUAGAAGAUGCAUAGAGAAAGAGACAGGAAAGGAGUAUGCUGCGAAAAUUAUUGAUCUCAGCACUAGUGAUGGCAUAAAUGACAUGUCUACUUUAGAAGCAACUAACCAAGAAGUGACCAUUUUAAGACACGUUGCUGGUCAUCCAUAUAUUAUUGAACUACAAGAUGUCUUUGAAUCAUCAACUUUCAUUUUCCUUGUGUUUGAACUGUGCAAAAAUGGCGAACUGUUUGACUAUUUGACAUCAGUUGUUGCACUUUCUGAGAAGAAGACCAGGUAUAUAAUGAAGCAGAUAUUUGAAGGUGUUGAGCACAUACACUCAAUGAAAAUUGUACAUAGAGAUUUAAAACCAGAAAAUAUUUUGUUAGACGACAAUUUAAAUGUGAAAAUUACAGAUUUUGGGUUUGCGAAAGUUCUAAAAGAAGGCGAAGUGUUACAUGAUUUGUGCGGUACGCCAGGGUAUUUAGCUCCAGAGACUCUUAGGUGUAAUAUGCUGGAAGAUGCUCCAGGUUAUUCUUUUGAAGUGGAUAUAUGGGCGUGUGGUGUGAUAAUGUAUACAUUGUUGGUGGGAUGUCCUCCGUUUUGGCAUAGGAAGCAAAUGGUGAUGCUUAGGAAUAUUAUGGAAGGAAAGUACUCGUUUUCUUCUCCGGAAUGGGCCGAUAUAUCAGAUGCGCCAAAGGACUUAAUUAGAAAAUUGUUAGUCGUAAAUCCGAAAGAUAGAAUAGGUAUUAAAGAUGCUCUGCAGCAUCCCUUCUUCCAGACAGUGCAACUGUGGGAUCAGGAUAUAAGUGUAUUGAAAAGCAUUUUGAAAGAAAACGUGUCUGAUACGACACCGAAACUAGAACAAACUAAAUUUAACGCAAAACGCAAGUUCCAAUCGGUUGUAUUACUCGUAAGAUCGAUGAUAAGAAUCCAAAGACUCAGGUUCACGCCAGAACCGUUGAGUCUAGAUGUAGCUAGGAGUGAUCCAUACCGUCUUAAGAUAUUAAGAAAGAGUCUCAUUCAGAUGGACAGAGUAAACCAUAAUGAAACCCAACAACAAGUAUACUGUAUUGAAAAUAAACCUGUGCCGUGUAGUAAAAGAAAGAGACCUAUUAGAGAGGAUAGUAGAGGAAAUUACCUGUUGGAGCACCGGUGGAAAAAAACAUUGUCAAUAACUUACAAGAAGAAACGACGUAGAAAGAGUACUUGAAAUUGUCGACGGCUGUGCAUUCAGAGUGUAUGGUCACUGGGUGAAGAAAGGGGAAGGCCAAAACCGCGCAGCUCUCUUCGAAAACGUACCAAAGACCGAAUUGAAGCAUAUAUAUAUGACAAACCUUAGCCGAUAGUAAUUUUUCUUUUAGAAUUAAGUAGACAAUUCAUUCAUAUAGUGAGUUAAUAACAAAUUGGUUUAAUGCACUCUGUAACUACGUGUUCUUGCAACUAUUGCAUCAAAAUUUGGAUUUUUUUAACGGUUCUCAAGAUUGGUGUGCAUAAAUCUAAUUUGUAUAGGCUUGGUAUUAAAAUUGGCACUAAUUGAUAUCUAGAUAUUUUCACUAUAUUUUGAUUGCACUGGUUGCGAUGUAUAGCUGUAAAAUAAGGAAAAUGAUUGAGGUAAAACAUAUUUUUCUACUUGUAUAAGCGUCUUGCCAAUUAUUUCUAUUUGAUUAAAAACGCUACGGAAUCACCAUGAACGGGUUACCUAAUGUCUGUGAAUAAAAAAGCUGCUAAAUGAUCUAUUUUCUCAUUUAAAUUUGCUCACUAUGCUCAUCUUUUAUUCUGUUUCUCAUCAGAAAAACACUUGAGACAGUAACUGGCGUUUAACGUCCUCUAGUGACUACAUUUGACGUUUUAACUUAUUUUUUAUCUUUUUAUCAGAACAUUAAACAAUUUAAGAUACUUCUUCACUAAUAUUGUUUUGGUGUCCAAUUUUAAUACAAACCUUUUUAAACAUUCAUUAAAACUUGGAAUUCUUUUUUCUUUCAAAAAAAUAUUCGCCCAUUUUAUUUUGUUAGUUUUACGAAUAGUUUUACUAAUAAUAUUGUAAUUGCACUGUAUAGCGAGUAUAAUUGUGAUAUUUUUUCGAAUGCUCUGUAUUAAGAAAGGUGUUCGACCACCUCUUGCCUAUUUUACAGGGUUAAAUGGUAAUCCUCAAUUACGAAAUAGUGUUAAAAAGAUUUCACUAGUGUGAGUGUCUGGUAAUUAUACCAUAUUUUAAUAUAUUAAAUAUUUUUGGCAGAGUUAAAAGACAUAUUUUUUCAGAAAAAAUUGCCGGUGGGUGUAACCAUUUAAAAACGAACAAAAAUCUGUGUAGAUCCAGGGAGCAAGAACCCAUAACUUUCCUCUUUCAAAACACAGUACACAUGCACAGUACUGCGUCUUUCAAGAAAAUUCAAAUAGGUAAACUGUACAUCAUGAGAAAAUUUUCGUUUCUAAGCUUUAUAACACAUGUUUUUUUCUACUUUUUUUUUUAUAAUUUGUACAUUUUUUUUUUUAAUCUAUAGCCCCUUUCCGUAUAAUUUCGUCUUAUUAAUGUUUUCUUAAUGUAAACUUCACUAAUCUCGCGAUGAAUGUCAAUAUAUUUCAUCGCUUUAGUGCUGAAGACGAAUCACAGCACGUUUCAUGGACAGUGUCGUUCUUAUCUGGCUACAAAUAUCUUUCACUUGGCACUUCAUGGCCAACCUACAAUAUUUUAAAGGAGGACUUAAUUUAUUCUGGGCGAAAUCUGCAAAGUUGUGCUAGUCUUUAACAAUUCUGACACUUCUUAUCAACGCUAGGAACAACUGGUAUCAAAUAAUGAUUUGUAUAAUUGGUUGCCUACAUUUAACAUCAUGUAUAUGAAAUUUCAUGAAACCAUAGCACGAUACACUUACACUGGUAUGUGCAGGCGCAUCGCUCUCACAGAGUGUGACGUCACUUGCGAAGCAGAAUUUGAAACUGUAACGUAAAUAUUAAUUAUUGUAAAUAAUAGUUAAUAAUACGAGUUUAAACUCAUGUGUAAUCUAUAAAAAUGGUAUUUGUGUUUACUUAAAGUAAUGAAUAUGUUAAAUAUUUCUUGUAUGCUAUGAAUUUCCAAGAAAAACAUAAAAUAUAAUGCAUUAAGAGGAUAUACUGAAAUGAAUAAUCUGAGAAAGAAAUAUAGAUAAAAGGAAUAGUAACAAUUGGAUAUAAACCUUAAUAAAGAAAUAGUAUUAUAUUUAUUAAAAUUCCAAUAAACAGUUGGUUAUAAUAUAUAAUUUUCUUCUGCUGACCAAUGAAUAUUUGUAUUGUUUGGACUGAGAAGUUUUCUGAUUUGUCCUGAAGUAAAAACCGUUUUUAUUGCCAAUUCAUAUUUCUGAAGCAAUACGUUUUUGGUUUCUAAUUCUUGUAAGACUAAUGCAUUCGGCUCCUCCAACAUCUUAAUUCUUUGUUUGAACUCAAUUUAACUAUUUGAUCUGAAAGAAAAGAUAUUAUUAAUUUAUCAAUAUAAUUUUUAUGUGAUAAUUUUAUUCAAAUGCAGUUAUACUUACAUAUUUUUUGUCUGCUGAAGUAUUGCAUUGCUCUAAUUUAAUAAAGAAUUAUAAAUACCUAGACUACACGAUGAUUUUGUUUGUUUUUGAAGGUUGUUUGUGUAUUCCACUAGACUGUAUCAUACUAAAUCUCAUUCUUCUAAGUCGGCUGCUUGAUAAUAUAUUGUAUAACUAUGUAGAACAAAUAAUUUGGUUUCAUUGCAGUCUUGUUUGGUUAAUUCUUGUUACGAUCAACUACACAGAUUUGUUGAUUGCUGGAUUUAUUUAUUUAAAGGCAGUAGUAAUACUGAUGGUGUGUUUUAACGUUAGUCUCCCUUGAUUCUUGAAUAUAGAAUUCCAAUAGCUAGCGAAAAUUAUACACAGCAAAAAAUCUGUGUAGCUUAUUUGGUCUAUGUGAAUGGUCUACUGGUAGUAAGUACUUCUUGAUACUUACUGAAAGUACUCUAUUGGAAACCUUGUUUACAGUUGCUGUUAAUUUAUUUGAUUUAUGUUUAGUUUUAGGUAUUACCGAAAUAAAAAAUACUUCAUA